AUGCCACUUCACGAUGAUAAUACUUGUUUUUGGGUUUAUUGUAGUAUUGAUAAUACUCCUGCUCAGCGUUUUGGUUGGCGAUUUGCUAUCUCGACUGCGCGUUCAUCUGAUCUUGGUCCUCGGUCAUCGGUCAUUACUGUAAUGGUUGCUGCGUUUGGUUCAGACUGGUCAUUAGGUAAUAAUCUUGUUGUCGACAUUCAGUAUGUUCCGAAACAAAAUCGAGGACGAAACAGCUCAUGCUUCACUUUGUCUCAAGAGUUGAAUCGUAAAUGA